AUGGCAUCAUUAAGAAGAAAACUGAGCAAGAAAACCAAACAAGCAGAACACCCCACUGACCUGCAGGCCUUUGAUUUCAAUAAAGAGAAGGAAAAGAAAGGUCUUCGCGGCUCUGAGGAUGAGGCUCAAGAAGGAACAUCAAUUGUUCACAAGCUGGGCAAGAAAAGGUAUGCAAGUUUAUUUGAGAAAGGAGACCUGAUUGUAGGUGUAGGGAAUGAAGUUCAGACCAUUUUAGAAAAGUUUGAAGCUGACCUAAGCAAGGCAAAAAGAAAACGCGUACAAGCUUUUAUCAAAAGCUCACUGAAAGGCAGCAACCAGAAAAUAAAGCAGUUGUGGAAAACUCAACAUAGCCAAAGGCUGAAGCUAACACAGGAGUAUUCACAGCAAGUGCUUUCAGUGCUGCAGCAAUCUGAAGAGCAGGAGAAGAAACUACACAACUUGUUUCGGCAACAGCAGAAGCUCCUCCGACAAGCUCGAGUUGUGCAGACUCAGAAAAUGAAAACCAUUAAAGAGCUGUAUGAGCAAUUCAUCAAGAACAUGGAGGAAAUGGAGAAGACCCAUGAGGGUUUCCUUCUGGGAGCACAAUCGGAGCUGAGAAAGGAGAUGGCGAGACAGAAAAUCAGCAGUUACAUUUUGGGAACCUUUUUUAUACUGAAUGUCAAAACGAAAGGGCUGUAG